GGGGCGGCUGAUGGUGGUAAGUUCUCUGUAUUUCCAGACUGGGGUCACAGCGGACCUCGCUCACUGUAGAGGCGUCCUUCUAGAUGGGCCUGUCUGGACAUUGCCAGGUGGUCAGCUGCUGCUGAGCAGUGAAAUGGAAGUCAGAAGACUAAUCCGUAAACCACUCCAGCCAGCAAGGCCUAUCCGUCGCUGUGUACCUGACAACGGAGCUGUAUUAAUGGUUAACCUCCAAGCCAGGUUCUCUGAUCACUGCAGAGACAGCGUUAAGGAUCGCUGUAAUUUGUGGUGCUCCAUUGAAAAAUUACAUGUUUUGGAGGAUCCGGUAACUGAAAAACUUUCAGGAAAACCAGCAGUAAAUAAUAAAAAAGAUAGGAUUACCUAUUCCAGAGACUUCCUGAUGCAGCUAUCAAACGUGUCUGUGAGCAAACAGAAGCCAAAGUACUUACCGGAUCUCCCCAUUACUCUUCAUCAUCCGCGGAGAAUAGCCCUUUCUAAUGGAAGUGAGAAAAAGACGGAAUGCACAGAUCUCCAGCCUGCACUGUGCCCUGGACCCCUUCGUGUCAGCUCACAUGAUGAACACGCAUCCCACUGCAUGACUAGACCAUCGAUGCUGACACCUCGCCGAGGAUGAGGCAGAUUUUUUUUUUUUUCCCUAUAUGACCGGUCACUUCACUUCACCAGAUUUCCCUAAAAAAGUGUGAAUUCUGUCAUUAUUGUAUCUUUGGGAAACCUGUCUUUGUUACUGUGAGUUUGACAUAAUUUAGUUGUUUUUUUUUGUAUAAAGUUUAUGUUAAUAUUUAAUAGACACAACUGCUUUGUGUGAUUGUUGUAUAUGUUAUUUUGUUUGUUUUCUAUGCGACCUUUAAAGUUUGUUGAAUAUUCUGUACGUUAGCCCUGCACUGACGCCAUGAUCAUUUAUUUAAAAAAAUCUUUUAUAUAAUAUACAAAAAUAAGGGAUCAUUUCUUUUGGUUUUCUCAAUGGGCUGCUUUAAAUCCUUUUAAAGGUGCGUUCACACGUGGUUUUGUAGUAGAGUUUUUCUGCACCAGUUUUUUAGUGCAUUUUUUUGAGAUAUAAAGUCCAGCUCCAGAUGUUAGCUGAAAAUCUGAAACGUGGGAGACACAAGUGUUUUUAGCUACUGCCGUUUUUGUUAAUUAGGUGGCGUUUUAUUCUUUCUGGUUUCUUUAAAAAAAAUAGCCCAGCCCCUGCCACUCCUCAAUGUCUAGGGAAGCGUAAAAACAAACCAAAAACUGACGGGUGUGGGCCUUAACUUAGCUGCAUUGGAACUUAAAAAGUCACAAGAGACUGUGACUUUUUAAAACAAAAAACUGAUGGAGGGAGUCAUAAUAAAUGACCCCUACUGUGUGCAAAAAAACUGCAAAACCGCUGGUGGCAAAAAAGCACUUAUUCUGGUGUGUUUUUUUUUUUCCACAGGUAGAAAAAUGCCAGAACCAAAUUUAUGUGUGUAAAGCCCCUCGGUAGGGAAUAUUCACACGUUGCAGAUCACAUGAAGAGUUGUUUUGGGGACAAGCACAUGGAUUCAGAUGAAUGGGAAACAUGCAGAAAUUUUUGCAACAGAAUCUGCCACAUGUGAAUUCACUCUUAUAUAUAAAGUACGCGGUUGUAGGUUUUCAGAGCUCGAUUUAUUUUUAUUUUUUUAAACCAUUCAUAUAGUGCAGAAAAAGAUCAGUUUCUUUUUAGAGCAUGUUGCGCACCUCAGUUUUCACGUAGUCUGUAUGCAGACGAUCAUUGUAAGAAUCUCCUGUGUAAGCAAUAUGUGAUUUCUCUGGCUGCUCGGUGCAUCUGUCACUCAAGAGACAGGUCGGGUGGUAUCAUGAUGCUAGGCAGUACAUCUGGCUAGCCUGUCCGUUCAGCAGCGUGGAGCGGAGUAUGCUGAUCUUGUUGGUGAUUCAGUUAACUGUGUGCUUGUACCAGUGACGAUCGAGCUGUAUGUGAUGAGGACAGUGCCUGAUGCGAGGAAGAGGCAAGUCUCGUGAUGAUCUGGUCAAAUACUUUCCUGCAAAAUAGCAGCAAGCGGGGUUCCUCCACAUUAUGGCCGUUUGUUGUUGGCACUUUUGACACUUUUUUUGUUUUUGUUUUUAUUUUUCCAGUAUAAUAAGUAGUUUGUAUCUUUUUGAAAAUAACUAUUGUGUGAAAAUUAUCACUUUUCUGCACUACAGCAGCAAAUAAAGGUUUCUGGAAACACUUUUGUAGCCU